UAUGUUCUGUCCGCACACCGUCGAAUACGCCGUAAAGGCAGAAGAACAGAUAGACUGCGAUGCUCUGCGGUACGGGAAGCUUCAAAAGCGUCGACGGCGGCGAGACAUGGUCGUCGACUCCGCCGUCGUCGCCCAGGAAGAAGAGGACCAAGAGCCUGAACCCCUACUCCGCCAGGGGGCUCGACAAAUUCGCCUCGUUGAUCGCCGAGCUCGAGGCCCGCCGCGCCAAGGUCAUGGCGAAGGCCGGCGCUCAAGGCGCCGCCACCUUGGUCAGGUUCACCUACUCCAACUCCAACGACUGGGUGCCCAUCAUCAUCCGUCUCCCCGACGAGAUUAACGCCAAACCUCACCAUAAUCCCAAGGCGAAAUCGGAGAUCGCCGGAUCAGAGGCGGCGGCGAGGCCGGUGAAGACGCAGGAGAAGGAGGAGGCCGCGGCGGUAGUCCUAAAGGAGAAUAAAAAUGUGAGCGCCCAAGUGCCGCUCUCGUGGCCUCGCGUAAAGGAAGCUGCGCUGAGGAGCCUGAGGCCGAGGUGGCCGGUGCUGGUGGCGGUGCUGAUGCUGGUGUGCCUGGUGGUGUUCGGAAGGGUGUUCGCCAUCUGCUGCACCACGGUGGGGUGGUACUUGGUGCCGGCGAUGAAGGGGGAAGGCGCGGGGAGAACGGGCAGGAAGUCCAAGUCCUCGAAGACGAAGGAUUAUGGACGGAGGCUGAGUUCCAAGAAGAGCCAUCUCAAAUGAUGAACUCGUUCCAUGUAAAUUAAGAGAAGAUCUAGCGCGCUCUCUCUGUUUUUUUCUUUUAAUUUUUAUUUUAUUUUGUUUUAUUUUUCUCUUCAAUUUCCUUUCUUUUCAUGGUUUGUGUGUCUGUGCUGUUGUUGUAAAUAAACGAUGUCUGAGCGUGUUGAGUUUGAUAUUUCGAUCAGGGGAUCAAAAUUCCCUGAAAUCAUGGUUUGUUUCGAGCAGUUCAUAUGCUCAAGGCAAAAAUUAUAAUUUUCAUAUACAUAUUUUAUAAUUAAAAUACUUUUUUAUUAA